GUAAGAGUAAAAUGAUUGUGAAAGUGUUAUUUAUAUUAGUGAUUAUAUCUACAUAUCGUGUUAGUUCAGAAUCCCAUUUUACGAUUGGAGGCAUAUUUUAUGAAGAUGCAGAGGAUUUAAAACAAGCGUUUAAUGUAAGCGCUAAAACUUUUAUGUUUAACACGUUAGUGGCGGAGGUUCCUAGGAAAGGAGACUUUCUCCAAAUAAGUGGUCACGUCUGUGAGUUCGCAAAGGCUGGGGUAGUUGGCAUCAUAGAUGGCGUGGGUGGACUAGCAACAGAGCUCAUCCAAGCUCUCUGUGACGCAUUGGAGAUACCUCUUAUUACUAUCCAGCAAAAUGAUUUUUACUUAAAGGAAUGGACUCUUAUCAACUUGUAUCCAAGUCCAGCAGCAUUUAACAACUUGUUAACACAAUUAAUAAAUAUAAAAGGGUGGAAAGAGUUUACACUUUUGUACGUAAAAGGACACAGCAUGUCAAAUGUACAUAAGCUCUUAGAGAUGAGCACCCAGUCUGACAUGUUUACCGUUACGGUGAGGGAACUGAAUGGUGAAGAUUACAGAGAUGUUUUGACAGAAGCAAAAGAGAGUGGCUACGUGAACUUCAUUGUAGACUGUCCAUCGGUAUAUUUAGAACAAAUUUUAAGUCAGGCACAGCAAGUCAGUUUGAUGUCUGAUGAACAUUCGUACAUUUUUGUUUCACCUGACUUGUUUACCCUGGACUUGAGUCGAUAUAGAUAUGGUGGAGUUAACAUGACCGGAUUCCGAUUAGUAAAAUUGAAAGACAACGUCCAGCUUUGGGAGUUCACAACUUCUUACAAUGCUGAAUCGCCAAAUAUUUUAAAACCAGAAAAUCUUAAGACGGAAAUAAUUCUUAUUUACGAUGCUGUUUUAAUGUUAUAUGAAGCAUUAUCAAAAGUGAAUGUAACGACACAAGAGCUAGAUUGUGAGCAAUACGGAUCUUGGGCCUAUGGGUCGACAUUACUUAACUUUAUGAAGACGAGCAAAGCUGAAGGCUUGACGAAAUCAUUCAGUUUUGACGGUUUCGGUCAAAGAAAUAACGUGAUUGUUGAUGUAUUAGAGUUAACACCCGCGGGAAACCAAUCCAUAGGAACAUGGCAGAGCGAUAUUCUUAAUAUAUCAAGACCUACAAUAUUAGCCACUGAAAUAGGAGAGGAAACCAUAAUGAAAAACAAGACUUUUAAAGUUUUAAUAUCUAAGACUGCACCAUACGGGUAUAUCAAGGAAUCGAUAUUUAAAUUGGAAGGCAACGAUCGUUAUGAAGGCUUCACUAUAGACUUAAUUGAUAAACUGUCUGAUUUAUUGGGAUUUAAUUACGAGUUCGAAUUAGAAGACACCUAUGGUAAUCAAUUACCAAACGGAACUUGGACUGGAAUGAUCUACAAAAUUAGAGAAGAUAAAGCAGACUUUGCUAUUUGUGAUCUUACAAUCACAACAGAGAGACAGCAAGGAAUUGACUUUUCUACACCAUUUAUGAGUCUGGGUAUCAGUAUUCUCUACAAAGAGCCUAGCAAACAACCUCCAGAAAUGUUUUCCUUUAUGGCGGUGUUUUCCAAAGAGGUUUGGUACUACAUGGUGUUCGUACAGUUUGGGCUUGGAGUUAUUAUGAUCUUCGUUGGGCGUAUUUCGAACAAAGAAUGGCAGAAUCCUGUACCCUGUGAAGAGCAACCCGAGGAAUUAAGUAACCAGUUCAGUUUUGCCAAUUCGGUUUGGCUUAUUAUUGGGUCUGUCAUGCAGCAAGGUUCGGAAAUUGCUCCAAUAGCUCUAGCGCCUCGUAUUAUAACUAGUGUCUGGUGGUUCUUCACAAUGGUUAUGGUCGCGUCUUACGUAGGCACAUUGGUCGCCUUUCUUACUGUGGAGAAGAACGUUAUGCCGUUUACAACUGUUGAUGAAUUGUACGACCAAAAACAUAUAGCCUACGGAGCAAAGACCAGUGGCUCUACCAUUGAUUUCUUCAAGUAUUCUACGAAUCCGAAAUAUAAAGAGAUGCAUUCCAAAAUGGUUUCAAAAGGCUGGGUUGUUACAGAUAACGACAUCGGAGUAGAGAAGGCCGAGAAAGGAAACUAUGCAUUUUUUAUGGAAUCCACAUCUAUAGAAUACACAAAGGAGAGGCAUUGUGAUUUAAUACAAGUAGGCGGACUACUAGAUUCUAAAAAUUACGGCAUUGGUAUGAAAAAACAAUCACCAUACAAAAGAUACAUUGAUAACGCAUUACUUCUUCUCAAAGAGAGUGGUGAAAUUCAGAAACUCAAAGAAAUAUGGUGGAAAGAGAAAAGAGGUGGCGGGAAAUGUGGGGAAAAGCGGGAUGAAGAACAGAAGCAGCUAGGAAUGAAGAACAUGUUAGGUGCAUUCGUGGUGCUCGGCGUCGGAUGUCUGAUUGGCCUUUUGAUCUCAAUUCUCGACAUGCUGUGGGGAGUAUUCAAGCGUUCUGUUAAAUAUGAUACAACCUUCAAGUAUGAAUUAAUUGAAGAAUUGAAAUUUGCACUAAAAUUUAGCGGUGACAUAAAGCCAGUAAAACGACCACCAAAGGACACAAGUGAUGAAAUGGAUUUAGAAAAAAAGGAUGAGAUUAUGUCACUGCGAUCACUCCGAUCAGCGAGGUCCUCUGGCACUCAUAGAACACAUCAUUCCCAUAGCUCAAGACACUCAUCUAGUGACAUGAGUGUAGCGUUUGCUAGAAGACGUGAAUAUACGUAAUUCAAGUUUUUUUUUAUUGUUAAUUUUAGGAAAUGCUGUGUUUAGAUCAAUUCAGACCAAACCACACUUUGCGCGAGCAUGGUCGAGUACUUUCGUAACUUAUCAACUAGUAGCUGUUGCCCGCAGUCU